AUGGAGGAAAUCGAUUCAAAUGAACAAGAAAUGAUCCAUAAUCUGGCCGCCGUCAAUGCUCUUUACAAGGCAUUGGCUGCCGGAGACACAAAAAUCGUUGCCGGACUUUUAGCCACGGACCUGGAGUGGUGGUUCCACGGCCCUCAACAUUGUCACCACAUGAUGAGGAUGCUCACCGGCGAGGCUCCACACACCGAGUUCAAGUUCGAACCUCGAAGUGUUGCAACCAUCGACGAUCAGAUAGUGAUCGUCGAAGGCUACGAAGGAGCAAACGUGUAUUGGGUUCACGUUUGGGCCUUGAAAGAUGGGUUGAUCACAAGGUUCAGGGAGUAUUUCAAUACGUGGCUUACGGUGAAGGAGUUGAGGGUGAGACCCGUCGGUCGGCCCCUUGGUUUGGUGGAGAAGAAGAAUCGCUCCACCGUGUGGCGGAGCCAACCUCGAGAUCUUUUCCGGCGGUCGUUACCAGGGCUAAUGCUUGCCAUUUGAUCGAUGAUGGUAGCUAGCAAUUGUGUUGAUCGUAUCGAGAUAUUUGUGCAUCAUACAAUCGAGCAAUAAAAUUUACCUAAAUGACAUUCCGAAAAAUCAAACUGUCUAUUGUAUUAAAUUUCAUCUGUUAACAAG